GUCCCUCCGCCUUCUCCUGGGCCGCGCUGGGGCUCCUCUGAGGGAAGUCUUAGGCAGCAGAGUACCUAGAGCCUCCCUCCCGAGGCCGGGUGUCGGCAGGUUUUAUGGUUUACUGUUGAAAGAGACAUUGGUAACUAAUUAGGUUUACUGUAGUCAUGUCAGGAUCAGCCCCAGAGGAGCCUCAGACCUCCAUUCCUCAAAGCACAGCUAGUGUUCCUGAUCCUGCUCCGGUUGCUGUCGGACCUGGAGGCUCAAGUGACGUUUCCUUUGGUGAGCAAAAUCUUAGCUUCACCACCACAGACGUCAGCCUGGUGGAGAUGAUGGAAAUUGAGUAUACCCAGCUGCAGCACAUACUUUACUCACAUACGGAGGCACAAGCUAGUGAAGGUGAAGUGGAAGCUAGGCUCAAUUCUUUUUCCUCGCCUGGUAAUUCUGCAGAGCCCCCUCUGCACCAGACCUCACUGAACACCAGUCAGGAGGGGUGUUCAUCAAACAGCUCUGGGAACCAGUCAGUUUACCCAGUUAUCUGUCAGUCAGGAUUACCUUCUGACAGCAAUUUGCUAAGUUCAAACCCACAUUUGGGCUAUGCUGACUUUCAGGAGCUCAGAAUGAUGUUACUUAGCGAGUCUAACCUCCCUUUGAACCAAACAGAUAAAACGCCUAACACUAGCUCUGUAGAAGUCCCGGGACACAGUUUAGUAAAAGUUAAACAUAGUGAAAAUUUUGUUGGGAUGAAUAAAGGAAACAUACUUGUUGAAAAUUCGGCACUGGCACCAGAGCCUAGAUCUAAAUCUGCAGUCAGAGUUCGGUUGGAAGACAGAUUCAACAGCAUCCAGACAGAAAACCCCAGAUGUCAAGAACCCCAAGAAUCUGGAGUAACUCUUAACAAUUUAGUAACGUUGAUUCGACAGCCAUCGGAACUGAUAGGUGUUCCUCUUCAUCAGCAAGAAAACAAGUGUGCUGCAGUAGGGAAAAAUAAGACUGCACCUGCCACGCCUUCUUUACAGUUCACAUACCCAUUAUUUACUAUGAAUGCAUGUUCUACUGCUGGAAGUGCUAAUCCUUCACAAGCACAGAUCUCUGGAACAUCUUGCACUGUUUUGGAAGCUGCCAAACAUCAAGACCUUGGGAUACCCAAGACAUUGUCUUUCUGCUAUCAGGAAAUUGAAUCCACAAAACAGGCAGUAGGUGCUAUGAAUAAAGCUUUGCCUGAGGAAGUUUGGAUUAAAGUUGGAGAUGCCUUAUGCAAGCAAGCGAUAAACAGAAGUUGCAGCCGAAUAAGCCCAUUGGAUCCAAACACAGAUCGCAAACCUCUUGGUGAAAUUCAAAAUAGGCGUGAUGAUAGCCAGAGUAGUGCAUCUGCCCCGGGUCCUUGGCAGUCAGCACAGUCAAAUUCAAGUAUGCAGGUGCAAAGUGGUACACAGGACGGAGUGGCUCAGCGAAGAGAAAGACAUAACCGCAUGGAGAGAGACAGAAGGCGCAGAAUCCGAAUUUGUUGUGAUGAGCUGAAUCUUCUGGUUCCGUUCUGUACCGUUGAUACUGAUAAGGCAACAACUUUACAAUGGACAACUGCGUUUCUGAAGUACAUUCAGGAAAGGCAUGGUGAUUCUCUGAAACAGGAAUUUGAGACUGUGUUCUGUGGUAAAACAGGCAGGAGACUAAAAAUAGCAAGAUCAGACUCAUUUGUAACGUGUCCCGUGCAGGAAAACACGCAUGGCUAUGGAGAGCAAGUAGUCUGAACUGACCGCCUUGAACUGUCUGACAAGUGUGGCUAACAAUGGCCCAAACUAUAUUUUAUUUUCUCCGUUUACAUGCUAAAUAUGAGUUGCAAAAUAUAACUUGUAAAAAUAUAUAAAUAGAGCUUUAAAGAAAACAUUCUUUAUUCAAAAUGGAAAUGAAAGUUAACUACCAGCAAUAGAAAUCAGUGCUCUGUUAAAGGGGCUUUGGGACCAGAAGCUACAAGACAAUGUCAUGACAGCUAAGUAGUUUUCUCCUUUAGUUAUAAAAAAAUUGUUCUUUUUCUGUUCGUUGUUCUGCUUUGGAGUUUUUUUGUUCUGUGGUUUUUUGGGUUUUUUUUCCAAAGAUGAUCCGGUACAGUUAGGAAUAGUUGUAGAACAUCAAUCUGUCCUGUUAUUUUAAUGACUAGAUGCAAAUGUACUCUUCAAGUGUAAAAAGAAAUUAAAGUUACCAUAUUACAAUGCCCAUUUUUUCCAUUAAAAAUGUAAAGGUUAUAUUGGUUGAGUAAGUGCAUAGUUUCUAAACUGUGCUGAUACUAUGAAGUUUACUUUUGCCAUACAUAUUUUAACAUACUUGGCCCUGAAGAGUAAUACAAUGGCGUUAGCAUUUUUUUUAAAAUACAGUACUAUUUUUAAUGUCUAUGACACAACUGUCCAACAGGUUCCUGUAUUGUUACUUUAGUCCAAGAGUGGCAUAUUGUAAACAGUAGAUUAUUUAAAUGCACAAACUAUUUUCAUAUUUAAAGAUAAAUAUGACUCCUUUGUUCAUAGGCUUUAGUGUAUAGGGCAGAAAUAGAAUAGUGUGUGAGCUGAGAGUGGUUUUAUUAAUUUUUAAAAAUAGAUGAUGCUAGCAGGUUUUAAAGUACAAAAAGGUCUCCCAAAAUAAAUACUGUUUUAAAUCACGGAUAUGGACAAUUCUGCAGCAAUUUAUUUCCAAACACUCCUAGUAAAACCAGUUCUGGAAAAUGGAGUUCAGCUGAGUUAAUUUGAUGCGUAUAAUGACACUUACAACAUCACAAAGAAAAGGUUAAAAAAAAUCUCCUU